GAUACUUUCAAGUUACAGUUCGGAACGAGAUGAAGAUUGAUGAAGAUAGCUGUUUCUUCGGCGACGGCGGCACUGUAGCUAUAGGUUUCACCGGAAGAGUCGAUGUUUACGCAAAUGGUAUUCGUCAGUGAAGAUUUUCAACUGGGAAUAAUAUAUCAUAAGCAGACUGAAAUGUUGCAGUGUUUUGGAAGACUCAAGUUUUAUAGCAGAUUUUCAUUCGGACACGGGUUUGUACGGGUGUUGUUUUCUUCCUGCAUGUCUUCGAGGUCAUGUCCGUCGAUAUCGACGGUUCGGCGGACAGCGGUUUGCCGAAGACAUGGUUCGCGAAAAUCUUCUACGAGGCGCUGGUCGACUUCAACGGGCCCAGAGACGUUGGAAGCAUGGCGUGUCGCCAACAGACGCAAAUGUACGCCAGACACUUGGAAAAUGAUUCGCUGUGGGCGGUGCAAAUGUCCGAUUCUUGGAGUCGGUAUCCGAACGGCAUACUCGUCGGCACCUCACACCACAUGGGUGUGUACGAUGAGUGCGUCAACGUGCACCGGCCAGUUCAGGGAAAAUACUGUAUACCAUCCGUCAAACUCGGAUCGUCAAACGGCGUCGAUUUUACGGUCGGCAAGCCCGACCAACCGCAGAGCAACGACCACGCCUGGCGCGAGAUACUCGGGUUCGUAGAUAAUGACAAACAAAUGCACAGAAAUAUCGUGAAAUUCGGCAUUUGCAUCCCGGACUCUUGCACUGCUGACGACCUCCAGGUUGCGUUACAAAAGGAAUUCGACAAACACUUCCUACCACAUCGAGUUAAAGCUCAAGUCCAAGUCGAACCAAUAUUGUGUUCGACGGAUAAGGACGAAUAUCCGUACGAUACCGGCUACUAUUUGACCAGUUCACUAGUUGGAUUCAUAUUCUUAGUCUGCUGCUUAUCGACGGCGUACCAUUUGAUAAUAAUAACACGGGAUGACAACGGGGAAAACAAUAAAAUGCCAGAAACAUUUGGCUCAUUCUCGCUAAUUCGCAACUGCAUAGAUCUGAUCUAUUACGAUAGAAACAACGAAUUGAACAUCUUCAACGGGCUAAAAGUUGUUGCCAUGUUAUUGGUGUUGUUCUGUCAUAAAUUUCUAUAUUUUGUAAUAAAUCCGAUCACGUACGGGAUUUACCUUGAAAAGUUUUACGAGGAUGGAUCGGAUUUCUUAUUGACGGCCAUGAAUUUGAUCGAUCCGUUUUUUUACAUCGCUGGUUACUUAAUGUACGUCAUGCUGAUUCCGCAAUUCAAUAGGCCUGGAACCAGUUGGUAUCAUAUACUUAUGGUGAUCGUGUACAAAUACAUGAAGGUUCUACCGUCGUACGUGAUCAUGAUGAUGGUGACAGCUUUCAUCAUUCCUCAUUUGGGCAACGGGCCGUUUUGGGCUUCACGGAUAUGGCCUGAAGCUGAUAAAUGCAAAAACUAUUGGUGGGCUAAUGUAUUGGCAGUCAGCAACUAUAUACCAGUCGACAACCAAUGUCUCAUUUCUGGCUGGUAUGUGUCGUGUCUGCUACAGUUUCUCGUCAUCGGGACCACUGUGGUUUACAUUUGCGUCAAACACCGAAAAAUUGGAAUAUAUUUAAUUAUAACACUCUUCAUCGUGUCUUUGGUGACAUCGUUCGUUACAACCUACUUUAACCAAGCGUACGGAAUGAUUCGAAUAAUGUAUUCGUUCUUGGAGAGUCCAAGCAAUUCAUUGGAGUUUAGUAAUUACUACCGACCGUUUUACCAUCGGGGUACUCCAUUCUACGCCGGAUUGCUGGCCGGCGUCGUGGUGGAAGAGCUGAAAAAACGAAAAAUAAAAUUUUCCAAGCUGGUCGUCUACGCUGGGACUCUGGUAAUCAGCACUGUCUGUAUUUGGGUCCAGUUGUACGGGGUAGUGUUCUACGAUACGUCCAGGCCUUACAACGCGAUGGAACAGUCGUUGUACGCUGUUUUUAGCCACUGCACGUGGGCUGUCAUAUUGUUCUGGAUAACGAUAUGCCAUUUCACCUCCGGUUAUGGUCCAAUAGAAAAAUUACUCAACAACAGAUUAACGGUGACACUAGGUAGACUAUCCUAUACAGUUUAUCUAGUCAACAUCAUCGUAAUGAUGAUGAUAGAAAGUAAACAAAGAACAGCCGUAACUCCUUCAUCAUAUAUGUUGGUUGAUGGAUGGAUUAUCGGAACGUUCAGAACAUACUUUGUGGGAGCUUUGAUGUAUUUGAUCAUUGAUGCACCGUUUGGGCUGUUGAUCAAACUAUUAUUGUUUGGAACAACACGUGGACACAUCGAUGGCGGCAGCACUACGGCAGCACAAAUUGAGACGGACGCCAAAACCAAAUGA